CGUUGGGUUAUUCAUAAGUCAAUUAAGUCCGUAUCCAAUAGAAGAUUGCAGAGAUGAUUUACUUUAUUUUUUAUUGUGUAUAUUAUUAUUUACUGACUUACAUUGUUGGUGGAUGGUGCUUAUUAAUGCAGGUUCUAUCAAGACGUAAAAUAAGUUCAGAUUUGCCAUUACAAACAGGAAAGGUUGCUAUAGUUACGGGAGGUGGUGCUGGGAUUGGAUAUCAUGUCUCUAAAGGUCUUGUUGCUAAAAAUGUUCAUGUUGUCAUAGGAGGAAAAUGUGAGGAAACAGGCAAGAAUGCUAUUGUAGAGAUCAGAAAAGAUUUUCCAAAUGCUAAAGUUGACUUUAUCCAUUUAGACCUUGAAUCUUUGAGAUCAGUUAGAGAAUUUGCAGAGACAUUUUUAUCCAAGAAUUUACCACUUCACAUGCUGAUAAAUAAUGCUGGUAUAAUGUUUACACCUUACAGUUGUACAGAGGAUGGGUAUGAGUGUCAGUUUCAGGUGAACUAUCUCUCACACUUCUAUCUUACACAGUUACUACUGGAGAAGUUAGUACAAUCUGGGACACCAGGAUCAUGGUCUCGUAUCAUCAAUGUCUCAUCUUACAUGCAUUAU